CUCUGGGGAUGGUGGAGGGAGGGUUUUCUCGCUACUUAAAACGAUACGGACAGACUAACAUUCAUCUGCAGUUGUGCUCCUUAUCCCUCAGGCCUGGAGGGUCAUUGGUUCUAAUCACCCGGCCUUCAUGGUUUAGGGUAGUGUGAAAACUCAUGUCCUACGCGUCAAGAUUUCACUUAUAUUUCCUUUCAUUAUGAAGCUGGCAAAACGAAAUGAAAGCGUUCUUAACUAUCCAACGUUUUGCUUCUCCUCGACCCCUCUAUGGCAGGUUUUGAAGAGAUAAACCAAGACUUCAUAUUCAAGAUGGAAAGUCCUUCAGACCCAGCUGUGAUUCUACCUGGCACUCCACAAGGCUGUGCCAGUGUACCAUCUCCCCACACAAGUAGUUCAAGAAAACAACCUAUGAGUGCAACACUUAGAGAAUGGUUAAGGAAAACUAGAUCUUCAUUUAAUUCCUGUUACACUGUGGUAAAACGUCUUAAAGUAGAGAAUGAGGAAAACAAUCAGACCUUUUCAGAGAAACCAUCAUCAACAGAAGAAAGCUGUUUGGAAUUUCAAGAUAAUUUUAAACACAUAGACAGUGAAUUUGAAGAAAGUUCAUAUUUGAAAAAUACCUUUAAGAAUAUCAAUGCAUGUGACUCUAAGUCACUUGAUACUGAAUCUUGCAGUGGUCUGCAAAAUUAUUUUGAUGAGAAUCUUCCCUAAAAAGGAUUAAAUGAAGAAAAGGCAAAAUUGGUGAGGCAGAUUUGGGAGAAAGAAGACCUUCUUCGGAGGCUAAAACUAGUUAAAAUGUAUAGAUCAAAGAAUGACCUGUCUCAGUUACAGCUGUUAAUAAAGAAAUGGAGACACUGUAGCCAACUGUUGCUUUAUGAGUUGCAGUCAGCUAUGUCUGAGGAGAACAAGAAACUCAGCCUUACUCAGUUGAUAGACCACUAUGGAUUGGAUGAUAAAUUGCUACACUAUAACAGAAAUGAAGAAGAAUUUAUAGGUGUUUAAUUCAUAAUUUCUUCUCUAGUAUAUCUUUGACACUUACAUCUUAAAAAAUACUUAUACAUUUUAAAGAGAAGAUAUGAACCGUUAGGGCUUAAAGAAAGGUAUUUGGUGAACAUCAAUUUAGGGCACUCUGUUAGAUAAAAUAUUAAUUCUAAAAUGAAAAUUUAGUAUUUUGGAUAAAUUUGCCAAAGAAAAUUUGACAUUUAAAGAAACAUGAAAAAAUUUUACUCAUGUUUUAAAACAUAAUUUAGUUAGUUCUGGAAGUCAGUCAGUUGUAAUACAUUAUUUUGU